AGGACAGGCAUUUGCCUGUGGGCUCUUGGGGACAGAGCAGAGGCCGUGUGGACCUCACAGGGGACAGGCCAGCCUGCUCCAAGGCCCCCGGACAGGACAGAGGACAGGAGAGGAGGAGCGGCCAGGAGGCACGACUGCUGGGACUACUUACUCACUGGCAGCUCUCGGCCCUGGUGCAGUUCGGGGAGGGAUCCCCGGUCAGCCCGUGGAGAAGCGAUCAGCCCUAUUUGCAUGGAGACCAGCAACUGUGACCAUUUGCAAAAGCCCCAGAAGCAAUGGGCAGGGGGUUCAUGGGAAAUUCCUGAUGAACCCGCCAAGGUGACACCUGAGUUGCUCUCCGAGGAGAAGACACCCCUCGCGGGUGAGAUCCAAGCCAAAGAACCCCGUCACUCCAAACCAAUUCACAGAAACUCUGUCUUCAAUCGCGCCCUGAGACACAGAAGCAAAGGCAAAGCCGGAGACACUCCCGCGCCAAGCACUGGGCACCUGGCAGAUUCACCGGAAAAAGGGAAACCUGUAGAAGAGCCCCCGGCCUUGAAUUUCUCCCGGAGCAGAAGGCCUCUUUUGCGAACAGGGACACAGGCCGACCCGGGAGCCAAGAGAACGAGCGAGUCGUCCUCCACCCCGGGAAAUGGGGCCACGCCCGAGGAGUGCCCGGCGCUGGCAGACAGCCCCACCACGCUCACCGAGGCCCUGCAGAUGAUCCGCCCCAUUCCCACCGACUCCUGGAGGAACCUCAUCGAACAAAUAGGGCUCCUGUAUCAGGAAUACCGAGAUAAAUCAACUCUCCAGGAGAUUGAAACCAGAAGACAACAGGACGCAGAAAUACAAGCCGAUGACCAUGGUCCCCACGCCAGCGAGGAGACCCCGGAGGAGGAGGAGGAGGAGGAGGAGGAGCAGGAGGAGCCCGACAGCCCCCCCGAGAGGAAGGCUCUGCCGCAGAUCUGCCUGCUCAGCAACCCGCACUCCAGGUUCAACCUCUGGCAGGAUCUCCCGGAGAUCCAGAGCAGCGGGGUGCUGGACAUCCUCCAGCCGGAGGAGAUCAAACUGCAGGAGGCCAUGUUCGAGCUGGUCACCUCUGAGGCCUCCUACUACAAGAGCCUGAGCCUGCUGGUGUCCCACUUCAUGGAGAACGAGCGGCUGAAGAAGAUCCUGCACCCGGCCGAGGCCCACAUCCUCUUCUCCAACGUCCUGGACGUGAUGGCCGUCAGCGAGCGGUUCCUCCUGGAGCUGGAGCGCCGGAUGGAAGAGAACAUCGUCAUCUCAGACGUGUGUGACAUCGUGCACCACUACGCGGCCAACCACUUCUCCGUCUACAUCACCUACGUCAGCAACCAGACCUACCAGGAGCGGACCUACAAGCAGCUGCUGCAGGACAAGGCAGCCUUUCGAGAACUGAUCGCGCAGCUGGAGCUCGACCCCAAGUGCCGGGGGCUGCCCCUCUCCUCCUUCCUCAUCCUGCCUUUCCAGAGGAUCACGCGCCUCAAGCUGUUGGUCCAGAACAUCCUGAAGAGAGUGGAGGAGAGGUCCGAGCGGGAGUGCACCGCCUUGGACGCCCACCGGGAGCUGGAACUGGUGGUGAAAGCUUGCAACGAGGGCGUCAGGAAAAUGAGCCGCACGGAGCAGAUGAUCAGCAUUCAGAAGAAGAUGGAGUUUAAGAUCAAGUCGGUGCCCAUCAUCUCGCACUCCCGCUGGCUGCUGAAGCAGGGCGAGCUGCAGCAGAUGUCGGGGCCCAAGACCUCCCGCACCCUGCGGACCAAGAAACUCUUCCAGGAAAUUUACCUCUUCCUCUUCAACGACCUGCUGGUGAUUUGCCGGCAGAUCCCGGGAGACAAGUACCAGGUGUUCGACUCGGCCCCGCGGGGCCUGCUCCGCGUGGAGGAGCUGGAGGACCAGGGCCAGACGCUGGCCAACGUGUUCAUCCUGCGGCUGCUUGAGAACUCCGACGACCGGGAAGCCACCUACAUGCUGAAGGCGUCCUCCCAGAGCGAGAUGAAGCGCUGGAUGACCUCACUGGCCCCCAACCGGAGAACGAAGUUUGUCUCCUUCACGUCCCGGCUGCUGGACUGCCCCCAGGUCCAGUGUGUGCACCCGUACGUGGCCCAGCAGCCGGACGAGCUGACGCUGGAGCUGGCCGACAUCCUUAACAUCCUGGACAAGACGGAAGACGGGUGGAUCUUCGGCGAGCGCCUGCAUGACCAGGAGAGAGGCUGGUUCCCCAGCAACAUGACCGAGGAGAUCUUGAAUCCCAAAAUCCGAUCCCAGAACCUCAAGGAAUGUUUCCGGGUGCACAAGAUGGAGGACCCUCAGCGCAGUCAGAAUAAGGACCGCAGGAAGCUGGGCAGCCGGAACCGGCAAUGACCGCCAGCUCCCAGCCCGGCCGGGGGUGGGCGGGUGAGAGCAGGGCCUGGCAGGCAAACCCAUGGACCAUGGAGGGGCUCCGGGAGCAGGUGACCUUGUGCGGGAGUCACCCCCACCCCUCAUCUCUGCCACAUGGUGAAUGCUCAUGCAUCUUGGCCCCUUUGCUUGCAAACUGGAAAAAAGGUGCGCACGUCUUUCCUCUGAUGCAUUUGCAAAUGCGAAAGUGUAUUUUAAACAGUAUUGUUCCACCUCCCCCUCUUGUCUCUUAGAGGGGGUGGACGGGGACUGGCAUGCUCCAGGGGCCUUCCCAGGCACUGGAAGAGGCCCCGGGCCCGGGGUGUGCCCCCAGCUGAGGGCAGGUGCAAGGUGAUGAUUGUCAUGACCCCCUGCACGUGCCCGUCUCUCCCCCGGCAGCCGUUUGAAUCCACCAGGCUCACUGCUCUUGCCCAGUGGGCUCGAUGAGCAGCCCUUGGUCCCCAGUUUACAGGACUGAGAGACCGGCUGCAUCCGCCGCCUCUGCCAGCUCCUGCCCCGUGGCAACACGUGUCCUCCGGUCCCUGAAGGAGCCCAGGUGUCGUAAGGAAUGAACUGGUCACUGCAUCCUGUAUUGGUUAUGGUUCCAAGAAAAGCAAAUACCAUUUUUGGCUGCAUUAAAAGAAGCAUCAUGUAUAAAAUAAA